AAGUAGCAAGAGAAUAUUUAACUUUUGUUUGUCACGAAAGUGUUUCGCUUUAUUCGCACUCAAAUACUUCUGGUUGUAAAGAUUAUUUCAAAGUAAAGUAACGUUACAAAGGAAAACUAUGAUAUUAUUUACAUUUUGUGCUGCUAUUUGCAUCUUGAUGGUUCAGGCCAUCAAAAUCAAUGAAAUGAAAGACUUGAAUUUUGAGCCAAAAUUAGCUCUUCAAUGUGGCAAGAUAGCUAAGUAUGUUGAUGUUUCAAGUGGGUUAUGGAAAGAUAGUGAUGAAGAAGUGUGUUCCAGUGAUCCUCAUGAAGUUCUAAAAUUCUGUAAGAAAACAUAUCCUGAUGUUGAAAUCACCAACAUUGUUGAAGCCAAUGAGAAUGUUACUAUUUGCUCGGGAAAGGAUUGCAUGUCAUCUUACUCUGUACUUCCAUACAGAUGUCUUGUUGGAGCAUUUGAAGCUGAUGCUCUUAGCUAUCCCACGGAGGGGCAAUGUAACUUUGGAUAUGUACAUGAAAGCAAAACCUGUAAUAGUCAUGAUUAUUGGCAUGGAAGAGCAAGCCUUAUCUGCCAAAACAAAGGAAAAAGUUUGAUAAGAUAUGGCAUACUUCUCCCAUGUGAUGUUGACAUGUUUACUGGUGUCGAAUAUGUUUGUUGUAAGAAGACUGAUGAACAGAAACCAACAAAAUCACUCGAUAGUAAUGUUGAUAGUGGUGUGGUUGAUGUUUUGAAAACUAAUUCUGAUUCUGAAUUGGAAGACUUGUUGAAAAAGUUUGCUGCUCAUAUUCCAACCAUAAGCAAAGGUUGUAAACGUUCUAAGUAUAACACAAAGAGUGAUCUCCUGUUAAAAUUGAAAAAUGGCAAAGUGAGAGAUUUAACUAAAAAACUGAAUGAAGCCAAAGCUCGAAUGGAGGAGUUGAAAAAGGACGAUCCACAACAAGCAAAGGCUAUGUACAAAAAAAGUCUAAACAUUUUUGAGAGUACACUGAAAAAUAUUGAAAGCCAGGCAAAGCUCGAUCAAUUGCAGUUGUCACAGGAAAAGAAAGAAUGUGUUCAAAUGAACUUGAACCACAAGAAACAUAUUGCUAUGAAUGCAUUUAUUGAUGCUGUGAGAAAUCAUCAAGAUAAACCUAGAAAGAUUAUCAAGGCUUUUCAUCGUUUUAUGAAUGUAUUGCAAAGCGACCAAGAUGCAAAUAUGCACAGUUUUUCAAAAAAACUUUUGGGGAAAGGUCCAAAGAUGUUGAUAAGUUACAGAGAUCUUUUCUUAUCGCAUUUGAAUAUCGUGAAAACACCAUUGAGAGAAGCUGUUAAGAUAUUAAAGCACAUUGACUCAGUUCAUGGAAAGAUUGAUUUCAAUUUACCUCCUUUUGCCAUGGAUAUUGAUUUUGAGUUUGCUCACAAGCCCAAGACAACUGCUCCACCACCAACAACUGCUCCAGUGGAAACCAAACCUCUUGAUUCAAAUGAAGAUGACGGAACACUCGGCCUUGAUAAAGACGAGCAAAAACGUGAACAUGAGCAUGAUUCUACAUCUCCUACUGAAGAUUUACCUGUACACAACGGCAUGCUAUUUGGAAGGCCGCAUGCUCCUAAUGGCAAACAUGUACAUCCUAUCAGAUCACGUGCAGUCUUUGCUGCAAUCAUUGGUUUGAGUUGUGGUGCUUUGGUGAUCAUGGUGGUCAUUGUGUUGGCAUUAUUUGUCAGAAAAAGUACGCCAAAGAAAUGCACCAAGACCGUGAUUGCUGAUGACGAUGACAACUCCCAAGAGAAACGUCAUCUUUUGAAGAUGCAAGAAGAUGGAUUUGAAAAUCCCACCUACAAGUUCUUUGCUAAUUAAUCUUUUCGUGAACUUUCUAUUACUUACAUUAUUUCUGUGUAUAAGACUCAAGUUGUGUAGAUUAUUUGCUACAAAUGCUUACAUGAAAUGAAAGAUGUAAUAUGAUUUUUAAAGCACUUUGUAUGCGAUAAAUAGGUUAGUGUGGUCGAUUUUAUAUAGUUUCAGCAUAUUUAUUUUUUCCUACUAUUCAUAUAUAAAUAACGUAGAAAAAAGAGGAAGUUCUUGCCAGCAGUGUGAGGUGAACCCAGCAUUUGUGUUUUUCAAGUACUUAUACAUAACUACUAGUAAUAUAUAUAAGAAACUUGUACCGCAAGCCUUUAAUGAAUUAUACUCUUUAAACAAAAA